AUGGCUUCAGCGGCUUCGAAGCAGGUGCACCGCAUCACUCUAUUCAAGAUUUCCGAGUCGAGUGAUGUUCAAGCGGUGCUGAACAAGUAUGCCACAAUGGCUCAGGAUGCAAAGAAGAGGAAUGAAACANNGGACGGCAAACCCUACAUCCUUCGAUGCGUAGCAGGACCGGCAGUGGAUGAUGCAAGAAGCCAAGGGUACACUCUGGCAGCGCAAACGACAUUCUCAAGUCUGGACGACAUGAAAUACUACGAUAAUGAAUGCGAGGCACACGCAGCAUUGAAGGGCGUGGCCAAGGGCAAGGUGGAGGGGCCGCCAUUGAUGGUGUGCUUUGACAAUGCCGUUGGUACUUCAUCUUGA